UGGUGGCCUUGGUCGUGCUUCUGGCCCUCGUCAACAUAUGACUUUACAUGAUCUUGAAUGGCCGCUGCCGUCCAUGUGGAAAGCAGUAAUUUUUUUUUACUCACUAUUCGGUGCUUGAUAUGACACAUGGUUCGGAGAUCAGUCGGCCGCCAUGGGAAGUUUCUCAUUGCUCUCGGCUGCUGCAAGAAGGCUAGAAGGAAAAGUAGCACUAAUCACCGGUGGGGCUAGUGGCAUCGGCGAGUCAACGGCAAGACUCUUCUCAAAGCAUGGAGCAAAAGUUGUGAUUGCAGAUAUCCAAGAUGACUUGGGUCAUUCUGUAUGCAAAGAUCUGAACUUUCAAUCCACGUCCUUCGUCCAUUGUGAUGUCACCAAGGAAAAAGAUGUGGAAAACGCCGUUAACCUUGCCGUUUCCAAGUUCGGAAAACUGGACAUUAUGUUCAACAACGCUGGCAUUGGCGGAGUAGCCAAAACCGACAUCCGUGAAAUUACCAAGGCUGAAUUUGAGCAAGUCAUUGGCGUAAACCUCGUGGGUGUCUUCCUCGGCACCAAACAUGCCGCCCGUGUGAUGAUCCCAGCUCGCCAGGGUAGCAUAAUUACAACUGCUAGCACGGCCUCGACUGUAGGAGGUUCUACACCACAUGGCUACACGAGCUCGAAACAUGGUGUGGUGGGAUUGAUGAGAAACACCGCUGUAGAGCUCGGACAGUUUGGCAUUCGUGUAAAUUGUGUGUCGCCGCAUUUGGUUGCCACGCCGUUAACAAAAGAUUUCUAUAAGCUGGACGAUGAUGGAAUUCAUCGUGUUUAUUCCAACCUUAAAGGUACGGUUCUCAAGGUAGAGGAUGUGGCUGAGGCUGUUCUUUAUCUUGGAAGUGAUGAGUCGAAGUACGUGAGUGGGCAUAAUCUUUUUGUAGAUGGGGGCUUCACCAUUGUAAAUCCAGGCUUUUCAAUGUAUGCUUAAUUCUAAUAAAUUAAAUGAGAUCGAUUGAGCAGUUUAUUUGAUUUGA